CAAUUAAGUAGUGUUUGGAGUUGCAAAGUUCAACUCAGUACAAAGGAGACUACUCAAAGACUUGAACACUGAUUUGGGGAAGAACUCAAACAACUUAAGCAGCACCCACUUCACAAUCUUGAUCAUCCAUGGCUGGAUCUUCGUGGUUGGUGGAUGGUCAUAGAAUUGCUACAAAAAUCAAAAGUGCUUCUGGUGCAUAUGAUCUUGAGAGAGUCAGCUGGAAGAGCAACCCUACUAAGGCAUGCCCAAAUUGCAAUCAUAUUGUCGACAAUAGUGAUGUUACAGAGCAGUGGCCAGGAUUACCAAGAGGGGUGAAAUUUGACCCAACUGAUCAAGAAAUUUUAGGCCAUCUACUUGCCAAAGCUGGUUGUGAGAAUUUGAAACCUCAUCCUUUUAUAGACGAGUUUAUUACAACUGUUGAUAAAGAUGACGGUAUCUGCUAUACGCAUCCUCAGAAUUUGCCUGGUGUUAAGCAAGAUGGCAGUGUAUCUCACUUCUUCCAUAGAGCAAUAAAAGCCUAUAACACUGGCACUCGGAAACGUCGAAAGAUACAUGGUGAUGAUCUGGGAGAUGUUCGUUGGCACAAGACUGGAAGGACCAAACCUGUUAUCUUGGAUGGGGUGCAAAAAGGGUGCAAGAAGAUCAUGGUUCUUUAUGUGAAUGUGCUCAAGGGUGGUAAAGCAGAGAAAACUAAUUGGGUCAUGCAUCAAUAUCACCUAGGUACGGGGGAAGAUGAAAUGGAAGGAGAUUAUGUUAUUUCCAAAGUGUUCUAUCAGCAACAGCAAGUCAAGCAGAGUGAGAAAGGUGAAGCCCCUUUAUCUGACGGAAUUGAUGAUGCACUAGUUACAGAUAUACAUCAGAUAUCCCCCAAGUCUGUCACUCCUGAAACAUCACGUCCUGAAAGGUGUUUUCCUGAUUAUGACGAGGAAAAAGACUUGGCUCCUACUUCAGUUGUUAUCCCUGCUAAGCAUAUUGAGUUGGAGUGUCAUGAAGAUGUAGUGAUCACUGUAUCUGAAAAGCAUAAUGAUCAAGAUCACUUUGUGGCUGAGAGUAAUGAUCAUCAAAUGGGAGUUGACGAUGAGAAGAAAGAUGGUGAUACCAUGAAUGGGUGUGACAAUGGUUCUCAGUAUCUGUUAGAUUCCGAAGAACUAGCUGAAGCAAUGACUUUACGUGAUGAACUUCUUCAGAGCCAGACUUCCAAUAAGAAUGUAAAUAUAAAAGAAGAAAUUAAUGGUAAGAGCAAAUCAUCUCAUACAGAUGACGAGAAUCAUGCUGGAGAAGACAUGAUUGGUUGGGGGGAUAGCGAGUCACAAUAUCUGUUAGAUUCCCAACAAAUGGUGGAAGCAAUGACUUUGUGUGAUGAACUUCUUCAGAGCCAGUCUCCAGAUAGGAAUGGGUCUGGUAUUCGGAAAUUUGAUGGUAAACCUAGUCUGUCUGAUUAUGCUUACCUAGGAUCAGAAACUUUGAAGAGGGAUUUAGAGGAUUGCCAAGCUUUAGCCCUUGAUCCAGCAAAUAUAGAUGUGGACUCAGCUCCUGAUUUUCGAUUGAGCCAGCUUGAGUUUGGAUCGCAGGACAGUUUUGUUCUUUGAAGUACAAGGACGUGCGACCGGGCGUGACCGAACAUAACCUAACCUUAAAAUGACUGCUAUUGAUCACUACCAGCUUUUGGCACAUUGUCCGGUGAUGUAAUUUUUGGGUAAUUGUAUAAAAACAACAAAUCUGAUGGUGCAGUUCCCAUCCAUGUUAUCUGGAUAUGUUCAGACAAGGGCUGUUAUUUUGACGUCUUGGCAAGGACCAAAUGUGACUUUCAAUGUAAAAACAUAUUAUGUGUUUUGUUGAUCAACUGCAUUUCAUGUAAUUAUGUUCUUAUUUUGUGA